AUCGUCGUGGCGGCCAUUUUCUGAACAGCUGAAAACAGUCCGCUGUGACGUACGCAUAGUUCGGGAAACAGGUAAAGCUAGUGUCAGCGGAGUGGCACUGUAGGCCUACAGAGCUGGUAGAACACUAUUUUCUAUAUUUCUGUUCUCAUUUCACGGAUUCUGUCUAUGAGGCUUCUACGGAGCGAUCAAAUGUGAACAUGUCUAGAUGUAGGCAAACAACCUAGGCCUACAUAGUUAAAGGCACACUAUGCAGGUUUUUUUUUUAGCUUAAUUUACCUUCAUUUAACAGCUUCAGAGUCAUUGGAAUGGUGACUUUAAAUAUGACUUUUUUCGGGUUGAAUGGUGGCCGUGUCGCUUCCCCCUAGCGCCUGUGAGCGGAAAAACCAGCCUUGCACUGGGCCGGCGGCCUCAGUGUUAGGAAGUAUACCGAGUGUAACGAAUUGCUUUAGUGCAUUCAAAUACACAUACACGCCAGGCACCGGCUAGAAAAAGGUAGCGAUGGUGUUUCUCAGACAUUCGUCAUGACAGAGCCGGCGAAAAAGAAGCAAAAACUGAGAAAACGGUAAGGAAAUUGCCAAUACUGCAUAGUUUACCUUUAAGUGACCUCCAUGACAUCUGACAUGCCCAUUUAAAAAAAAAAAACAGACAAAUCAUGAACUGUGACUAGAUGAAGAGGACGGCCCGCCACACCCGUGUUAUGUAUGAGUUCAAGUAGGUCCGUGCGUGUCGCGUUUAAACGAUACACAUCGUGUACCUUGGUUACAGUAUCGACACAAUGGCGACUGCUGCUCCACCAAACUUCUCCUGGGUCGAGCCGAAAAAGGUGGCCGGCCUGGCAUAUCCAUGUGCCACGGGUCACUAUCAAUUUCUUUUCGAUAGUGGGAUUCAACAUCUAGUUUGCUUAUGUGAAUCACUUCCACCUCACCACGACAGUUGCCCUGGACUCCAAGUGCAUCAUAUUGGCAUUGUGGACUUCACACCGCCCAGUUUCGAACAGAUAAAAAUGUUUCUAUCCAUUGUUGAAGAGGCAAAUUCAAAAGAUCAGGGUGUGGGUGUCCAUUGUAUGCAUGGCCACGGACGGACAGGGACCAUGCUGGCAUGCUACUUGGUGGAGAAGAGGAAACUAUCUGGAGAGGAAGCAAUAAAGGAAAUCAGAAGAAUACGCCCUGGUUCCAUUGAAACCAGAGAUCAGGAGAAGGCUGUGCGGGACUUUCAUCAGAAUAUGCAAUAAUUUACCAGGUGAUUGCAGGCAGAGAAGUAGGCUAGCCAGUUCCUUUUAGCCUAGAAUAUACAUUUUUAGACAUUGUGUCAAUUCAGGCAAAAAGGAAAAGAAAAAAAAAGAGAAGAGGUGUAUUAGACUUUA